UGAAGGCAUCGUUUGCUAGAGAGUUUCCCCUCCACUGCCGAGUUUUAGUGGGCUGUGCCGUUAAGCAGUACGUCUGGUUUUAAAAGCCUAGUCUUGCUUUGGUAAGGCGCCUUACUGCCAGUGAAUAGUUUGUGGCGCAAACCGCCUUCUUUUAUACAGUUUACAUUUUGGAUUUUGUGCAGACAUGUCGGAAUUUUUGCAGGACCCUUCGGUCCUGACUAAAGACAAGCUGAAGACCGCGCUGUUAGCUAACGACGUUGCUCUACCACCAGGGGAGCAGAAGAAAGAUGUGUAUGUGCGGCUUUACCUGCAGCAUCUCACUUCGAGAAAUCACCGACAGAGUCCAGCGGACACUUUUUCUAGUGACGAGGAGCUUCCAGCUCCGCCAGUAGGUACAAGAGGCCGGCCUGGUCGGAAAGCCACAAAGAAAACGGACCGGCCAUUACCAGAAGAUAAUGAUGCAGUGGAGAUGAGCAUUGAAGAGCUUAGGCAGGGAUUGAUGAAGUAUGGGAUCAACCCAGGACCCAUUAUGCCCUCUACCAAGAAACUCUAUGAGAAGAAGCUACAGAAACUGCAAGAACAGGGUCCUCCUGAAUCUCAGUCCCAGGCACCAGACCCGAAACAGAAUGGCAGCACUGAGACUGAUCAGUACAGUGACAAAGAGGAAGAGGAGAAGUCCGAGCUGAUACUUGAAAAACGAGAGCCAAUAAGAAGCAGGCAGAGAACCCCUGCUAGUAUUCGUCCACGCAGGCAGGAUGUGCACAGGAUUAUAUCAGAUGAAUCCACUGAAGAAAUGUUGAUAAGGAAGAGGCCAGGUCGUCGACUACCCCAGGACCAAGCUGUACCCAGCAGUGAUGAUAAUAUUGACUUCUCAGAGCUCUCUGCAACAGAGACAAUGCCCAGCGAAGGAGAGACAGUCAAUGGUGGUGGCAACAGAUCCUUGCAAGCCUCCAUGAAGCAUCAGGCUGCAGCCCAAGAGACCCCAGAACCACAAGUAGUCAGCAGAAUACAUGAGAUUGCUAAGGAGCCCACGAGCGACAUUUUGCUACCAUCCAUAGAAACUCUAGCAAGUCCACAACCCAGUGAAACGAAGCUUGAAACUUCCAGGCCACUGCAACAACGAAACAAAUCACAGGCAAUCGAAGGCAGUCAUAAGAAGUUAUCAGCCCCUGAGGCUACACUCCUGCUCAACACAGCUGUGCUUGAGGACCCUGUAACUCAUGAGCCAGACAUUCCUAAGCGAAAAACAAGACCCCAAAAGAUCUCUGGAUUCCUCAGUCCUGUCAGAAUUCAGGAUGGGGAAAAGGAGCGUCAUGAUGCUAGUGAGAAGCGGAAAUCAGACCUUCUCAAGGAAAUGUUUCCAAAUGAACCAGCAACUCCUACUGGAAUCAGUGCCACUUGCCGCCGACCUAUACGUGGAGCUGCCAGUCGUCCCAUCACAAUCAGUGAUUUCCAUCUUGAAGACUCACGGCUGCGUCACUCAGAGAUGAGCUACCGCUCAGAGGUACGGACAGAGAUGUGUCCGCCAAAAUUGAGCUCUCCCGCCCCAGUGGCCUCAGCUACUCCAGUACGGUCCCAUCGCUUUAUUCCUGUCUGGCUGCAGCUGCUGCUUCUUGCUGUUGUGGCUGGAUUCCUUUUAUUUGUGUACCAGGCUAUGGAGACUAAUCCCUCAAAUCCUUUUAUGAAUGAGCCACCUCGUGCUGAGGAGAAGAGCAAGUGAAACAUAGCCAGAAUGCCUCCCUACCGGACAUCUCUGGCUCUCCUCCUACCAGUAGCUUCCAGUAAAGGUGGAAAAGGAUAUAUAUAUAUAUAUAUAUAUAUAUAUAUAUAUAUAUAUAUAUAUAUAUAUAUAUAUAUAUAUAUAUAUAUAUAUAUAUAUAUAUAUAUAUAUAUAUAUAUAUAUAUAUAUAUAUAUAUAUAUAGUCCUGGACAUUCGUUUGUUUCCCUUCCCCUUUGACUAAGCCCUUUAGUCAACUACCUGUGGAGCAGUUUUCACAGUAGGUGGAAGCAAGGCAGCUUACAGAGUAGUGGUUAAUUCACAUAGCUCUUGCUUAGGAAAAUCAGAGGAAGCUUUGCCUACAGUCUGCAAUAAACCUUCACCUCUCAACCUGAAACUGCGGUCCACUUUAGUAUGGUAGUGACAAAGAAAUGUCCUUGACUUGCUAAAUACGGAAUAGUUUGAAAAACUAUAUGAAGAACUGUAGACACAGGAGGACUGCUAAAAUGCCCUAGCAUAGAGAAAUGAAUUGUGGAACACAGGAAGUAAUUAAGACCAAUCAGGCACAGUCUAAAAGUUUUUUAACUUUUUUUUAUUAUAAGCUUUCCCUAAUGAUGGUUCUGGCCUGAGUUUGUAAAUGGUUGUUAUGAGAAACUUGAUGGAUAUGACCCUAAUUAAGUGUCCUCCAAUAACGAAGGAACUUUUGUUGGACAUACAUAUUAAUAAACUCAAUUCUCUUACUUGGAACUGGGACUGCUGCACCAUGCUAAAGUGUAGCCACUUUUCCACCAAUCUUUGGCACUUGUGGAAACAUUACUUUUUAUAAACUAGGUUAUUUUUCUAUUACUCACUAAGAGAUCCUUUUAGACAAAACAGACUUAUUCUGCAUACGAGGCAUUGGGGGCACCAAGCCCUAGUUAAAUAAUGUGAAUGUGCAGGUGCCUGUGCCCUGUACUAGAUUUUUAAGCUACAAGAAUAUUUAAGAAUGAAGACACUUACAUUGUAUUUAUGCUUUUCCUCACAUGGGUGGGGGGCUGGGGCUGUACUGGUGGAGGGGGCAGAUAUGUUUUGUAGUUUGUCUCCAGUAGUUUUUUUGUUUUUUUUUUUAACUAUAUAUACCAUGUGGUAGAGAUUUAAAAAUAAAGAAUACAUUGUGCUCUGAUAUGUUUUGCUCUGCUGUAAUAGAUACGCUAACAUAUUAAAGGCGUGUGUUUUUUUUGUUUUUUCUA